CGGCCUCACCUGACCGGCCGCUCCGCCUAUCUUCCAGACCUUCCAGACCUUACUUCCUGCUACGUCCUGCUACUUCCUGGCUCGCCGAAGGGUUGGAGAUACGCCGGUGGAAAUGCGCCCAUCGACCGACUUGGCGGUUGCAUUCGCCUGCCGUGAUGUUCCACCGUCCCGGGUGUAUGGAAACUAAACUGCCUCGUAAAUCCAAAAUUGACAACCACCGCUUCACAUGGGCGCGUCAUGCCUUGCAUGGCUCCACGUAUGCACACCUGUUCUCCCUUCUAUACCUGCUGCUUGGCCUCCGCGCUUGGAUGCCUGAGAGGUCAUCGCUGAUGUCAUGCUCCUCUAUGGGGGGUGGGUUUCUGGUGCUUUCUCUCUUUUUUGCUUUUUUUUUCUCGACAUUCUUUGCUUCUUCUGGUUAUUUCCUGUCUGCUUUUAAUCCGCCGCCAAACUCUCGAUCGCCUUCAUUGCGACCCGUGUACGACGUCAAUCUCACGGCCAAGCCUCUCUGUCCAUCGCCAAGGCGUUUUAUUUAGCCUCGCUUACAUCAGGCAUCCCUCCUUGAUGCUUGAGUGUAGAUCACUCAUGCCCACUCUGACCCGUCGCACGCCCGGGUUUCUGUUCUGGCUCGGCUGGGUUUUGGGGCGACCGUCAGUUCCGGGCGAUUCAGCCCUCGCUCCG